GGCAAACAAGCUGCUGGAACGCGCUUACUCCAGGGGCCCACUGGCGAAUGAUUCUGGACAUGACCCUGUGUUUGCUUGCUCUUUGUUAUGUGCCCCUUUGCGUCUUAGACAACUUGGAGCCUGUCACCAGUUCUACGAAGCGCUGGAGGCAAGGAGAGGGCCGAGAAGCCAUGGUAUGCAACUACAGAUUAACUUUCCACAGCAUGCCUUUGGUCGUGAAUUGCUCGGUAACGCGCAGACCGUUCACAUUCCAACGGAGUGACGUUUGGGCUUCCUUCACCAGGAAUGUCAACAUUUAUGCGCAAGCCCUACAGUUUAAAAAGGAGCUGUGGAACACCUCGGCCACAAUCUUUUGUGGUGAUUAACAAAACCUCUACGUCUCCCAAAAGCUCCCGUUGUUGAACUGCGACACUACCAAACAGCAUGAACCCAGGCAGGCGUGAUGGCAAACGCCAGUCUCCCAGAAAGCGAGACGCAGCAAACAAUGAAGACAAGGCCGACGCAGAUCAAUCCCCUGCUCGGCGCACGAUGGAAGGAGGUAUCUUCGUUGGUAUACCAGAUUUCAAACCUGCUGCUGUGUAUUUCAAUAUGGUUGGACAGUUUGGCGGUCCGUGUUUCGACAGAUCUGCCAACGUCUGGAAGAAGAGCUUGCCGGUAGAGGUGGACGGUUCUAUCGAUGUGUCAGGCACUUGGGAAUACGCUCAAGUUCGACAUCUGGCGCAAACCCCCGAACAAGCUGAAACUGCUGCGAAUUACGUCGGUCAAGUCGCAAAACAAGUCACAGGCAGGAUUUUCAUUACCGUGCUUCGCGAAGCUCCGAAUCGGAACGGCGAACUGAACCUCGAAGAGGUGGACGGGAUAACCAUGUCCGGCUUCUGGCUAGACAAGACGAAAUUCGUGACAUGUGCCCACUUUCUACAGACAGUUUUUGACACCAACGCCGACGAGACAGAGAAGUUCCUGAAGACUGCGAAUCCACCGAGACCACGAGCUUUCGUAUCCAACAAGAAGGCGGCGAAUCAAGGAUUGAUGCCAGAUAGCCCCGAAUCGUGGCCGGUGUAUCUACUCAGGGUGUCACGCACUUCAGAUAUUGCAAUUUUCGAGCUGACCAAGGCGGCAGCGAAAGGCGGCAAGCAUCCACCGCAUUCAAUGAAACCAAGCGACUUAUCAGCAUUGCUUACUGCGACAACAUCUGAAAACGCGUCGGGUUUCUCGUCCAAGGAGACUGAUGUGUCAUACCUGCGACUUUUUGCAGCCUAUUAUCCAGGUUCCGAUCCAACUGUGGAGGCUAGCGACUUUUCUCCCGAGAGAAAACAGUUUGCGAAAGAUGCGAACAUAGCAGGCGCGUGGAGAUUAUUAUGUGACGAAGGCCGAAAACUCAACCCCGGUGCUACAAAGAAGCCAGCCGACUUUGCAGAUACAUUCGCACCUCAUACUCGGAGUGUGGCCUUCGGUCAAGUCGAGACAACUCAUCGCGCCAUUCCAUGCCACGCUAAAUCAGGGAACAGCCUUUUCGCACAGACCAGAGAAUGCAGCAUCGUAGGAACCUACGGUUGUUCGGGGGGUAUGGUAUGCCACGUGUACCGGGAGGCCGGUAGUUGGCGAUCUGUCGUCGUGGGACUCUUCCAUGGGGAAAGUUGGAACGAUCGGAGAUACAACGAAAUUGUGGCCUUCACACCUGCCUUUGUGGAUGCUGUCCGGACCGGGAGCUUUUGGGACACUGCCUGAGCGAGAAAACGACCUGCCUAGGCUCUGGAAAGUUGCAUCAAUCUACACAGGCAGCGGUGUGGAUUGGACAAGGACAUGGAUGUGAACGACGAGGAACAACAGCAGGCUGAUUGUUAAGGGAUAUCGAUUGGAAAUGUUGGACUAAUGAAGGAAGGGGGAAAGGGGGUAGCGAGG